AUGAAGCUCCUGCUGCUGACCUUGGCCGUUCUGCUGCUCUUGGCCCAGCUCUCUCCAGGUGAUGGCCAAAGAUGCUGGAAUUCGCAUGGCAAGUGCCACAGGAGAUGCUCCAGGAAGGACAAGGUGUAUAUCUACUGCUCGAAUGGUAAGGUGUGCUGCGUGAAGCCCAAGUACCAGGUGAAAGAGCGGCCGUGGAUCUUCUCGGUGCCCGCAGACCAGACGCCAGGCAGGAGCAGAAGAAGCCUACACUGA